AACGACUACGACUUAAUCCAUAGAGCGCGCACGCAUCGCGCCAUCGUAUCGCGACUACUCUCAUCUUAACUGUCUUUAUUUUGCACGUCUAACGUCUGACGCUAAUCUAUAUUACGUCAAAUUAAUCGCUAAAGAAUUAUUUAUAUUUUAAAUAUAAUUUCAUCCACCAUGCAAAGUUUUAACAAAUGUUUCUUAAAUCCAACGACUAUUAAUCUGACAUGCAUCAGGUAUGCAUCAAAGAAAAGUAGUACCAGUACAAGAAAUAAACCUAUUAAGACAAGACCGAAGCACAGAGGUAUCCGUGUAAAUGAUGGUGGUUUUGUACAGGCAGGAACAAUACUUGCUACUCAAUUGAAACCUAGAUUUCAUCCUGGUUUAAAUGUUGGCUGGGGAAGAGAUGGAACAUUGUUUGCUAUGGAGGCAGGAAAGGUGUUGAUAACUUGUGAGAAGAUCAAUCUUGAUUUUGAUCAUAAUUGGGUGAUAAAACAUUAUGCAGGUCGGGAAGGACAAACUAUCUAUAAGAAACAUUUCAACGUAAUACCAAUGCCUCAACACGAUCGUUUUAAACUGAUCAAUGCCAUUUAGACUAGAGAAUUUUAUUAAGUAAUUCGUACAGAAAAGAAUGUAUGAUUAAUUCAGAUAAUAUAAACAACGCAUAACGCAAUUAUUUAAUAUUUUUUGAUCGUUUGUCAAACAGAAAAGUCCCUGAUAACAGAUUUGUAAUAAUAUUACAAUAUAAGUAGAGAGAGAAUUUAAUUUAUAUGAUUAUUAAUUACGUAUACUACUUUACAAUCGCUCCUAUCUGUUUUCAGCCCACUGAAAUGAUUGAUAAUUUACACUUUUACCACCUUCAGAGAAUGUGGCCAAUAUUUGGGUUUUCCUAACGUGACUUGCAAUACGACAUUGCCCAAUAAGCUCUGUGAUAGGUAUUUCCUCGUUUCUGCUUUUGCAUUGAAUUAUAAAUUGAGAAUGAAACAUAAUCGGAUCGCCUGUAAAAAUAUGAAUUUAUAUGUAUAAUUAUAAACACAUGUAAAGUUCCUUUUCGAGAUAAUAGCAGUUAAGACUAAUAAAUGUUGUAAUAAAGUAA